AUGACUACCUGGCUCUCCACGCACGGCAUUGGCGCCAUCAAGGACAGCGACUCCACCUUCUCCAUUGUGGCAGAGUCGGGCUCGGCAGUUGUCAAGCCGACGCAAGCGAACCAACUGACGGGCUGGCUUCACUUCGUCAUCCCUAGCCCGCCCGUUACCAACCCGAACUUGAAGACCCUCGCCAUCGACUUUUCGACCCAGGGAGCCACCGUCGAGAGCGUGUCUGUCUACCUUGCCAACAACGAGAUCUACACCAAGAACAAGCUUCAGCGGGGACAGUCUUUCACGCUCAAGAUCCUCUCCUCCGAGUCCACCUACGAUGGAAAGGGCAUUGCCGUGUCGGUGUACCUCAAGUUCACCGGCGUGACCUCCACCCUCAACUUCCACUUCCAAGAGUCUGACAAGGGCGAACUGUUAGGUCUUCCGCCCGGGGGCGACCGGUGGCACAUGCUGCCUUCGUUGGCGUAG